UUCUGUCAGUUGGUUAGCCCCGCAAUAGCAGUCGCUGCCGGGAACCGCAUGGAGUAGGCUGGCUGUGCUUCCCUCUGGCUUCUCUCCUUUCUUUCCCCCGCGGCCUGGGCGGGGAAGGUUGCAUUAGCCUCGGAGUCUUUCUGCAAGCUCCCCUUCCCGUUUCCUCCGCCAAUGUCAUGGACUCGCCUUCGAUGCUGCACUCGGUGAAGCUCUACGUGUACGACCUGUCCAAGGGCAUGGCUCGCCGCCUCAGCCCUAUCAUGCUCGGUAAGCAGCUAGAUGGCAUCUGGCACACCUCCAUAGUUGUCCACAGGGAUGAAUUCUUCUAUGGUAGUGGGGGAAUUUCAAGUUGUCCACCUGGUGGAACACUGCUUGGGCCUCCAGAUUCUAUUGUAGAUCUGGGAUAUACUGAAGUUUCAGAAGAGCUCUUCUUAGAAUACUUGUCCUCAUUGGGGGAAUCUAUAUUCCGUGGAGAGUCCUAUAAUCUUUUUGAUCAUAACUGUAAUACGUUCAGCAAUGAAGUGGCACAAUUCUUGACAGGGAGAAAGAUCCCUUCCUAUAUUACAGAUCUUCCAUCUGAAGUCCUUGCAACACCAUUUGGACAAGCACUACGGCCACUUCUUGACUCCAUCCAGAUCCAGCCACCUGGAGGAAAUACUUUUAGCAGACAUAAUGGACAGAGCUAGCAGACACAGUGAAAAAUGUCUCAACUCACAAGGGCAUUUCCUUUCAAACUCCACUGUAUUAGAUUCCUGUCUUAUAAAUUCAUGCCAGGGUUCAAAAGUGGCAUUUCAGACUUUAUAGGGAGAAUAUUUAUUGAAUUGCAUGUCAUGUGGUGCUACCAGAAAAAUAUGGUCAUAAAAUCAAAUAAUGUAUUUACUUAUUAAAGCUGUUUUUGUCUUGGUUCACUUUUUUACUAUUCCCUGCUAAGAAAGUGGAGAUUAGGAAAUCUGCCUGCACAGUUUAAAAUAACAGGGAUACCUUAGUUAUCCCUUCCCAAACUUACUUAUUUUCAUUACCCUUGUUACAGUAUUUGUGUAACCCCAAAGGUGUGAAUUUAACAAUAUUAAAUAAUAAGCUUGAACAGACUUUUAACUUUUUGUAGGAGAAAAAAACUAAAAAUAUUCACUGUGAAAUUAUUUUGAGAAAUACUUCUUAAAUAGAAAAUAUAAACCAGUUUUGCAAUAGAAGUAUACAGUAAUAGAUUUCUAAGUUUGGAUGGGUGAUGCCAAAAAGAACUAUUGCCUGUCUUUAAAAUCUGAUCCUUCCAAAACCAGAAAGAAUAGCCCUUAACCGUUACACUAUGUUAAUCCUUUGUAUGGCGG